AUGGCAACAAAGGCCGUGCACCUCGAACUCGUGUGCGACCUCACGUCGUCAGCAUUUUUGACCGCACUGCGUCGUAUGGCAGCUCGUCGAGGCGCGCCGCGUCACAUAUAUUGCAACAACGGCACUUACUUCGUCGGUGCUAGCCGUUUUCUAGAACAAAACAUAAAGCAGCUUAAAGAAAAUAUUUCUGAACCAGAAUUCUUAACUGAACUUACGAAAAUGGAGAUCGAAUUCCACUUCAACGCUCCUUCUUUGCCGUCAGCGGGAGGACUCUAG